GUUCUUCAUAUUUAUUUCUUAAUGCAAUAUUACAAGUAAUAGAUGUGAAAUCAAUAUAUAAUGUAUAUGUAUACUUAAUAAAUAUAUAUAAUAUAAAUUAUAUGUUAUAUGUAAAUUAUAUUAAAUUAUAUGUAAUAAUGUAGUUUGUUUAAGAUAUUUAAUGUAUUUAAGAUUUAUUUAUUUUUUUUAUAAUUUUUAUACAAUCAAUAUAUAUCUUUCUUAUAUUAUUUAUAAAAAAAAUUAGUAAAUAUAAUUAUUAAUAUAUAAUUAUAUAUUUACAAUAUAAAUUGUGUUAAAAUAUUUUAAUAAAUUUUAAUAUUAUUCUUAAUAUUAUUUAAUAUAAAAUAAAAUAUAAAAAAUAAAAAUAAUAUAAAAUAAAAUUAUUUAAUAUAAAAAUUAUACAUUUUUUGCACCAACUUGAUUUUAUUUGUUGAAUAAAAUUAUUUCUUAUAUGAUAAAGCAAGCAACGCCAUAUUUUAAAAAUUAAUAACAUUUUAACUACUAAUUGUCAUUGCUAUGUGAUUAUAAUAUUGGUUAUAUAGAUAAUAUUGAUAUAUCAAGCUUAAGAAAAUAGUAGAAUACUACAAAAAGAAAAACAAUUAAAUAUUUUUUUUAAUGUAACGAAGAAUAUUUUAACUUCUUGAAACACAAUGCAUCCCUUAAACGAGAAUAGCGCUGCUGACGGAAUUUCUUUGAAAUCUGUUCGCAUUUGCUGAUUGGUUACUUGGAAAAUGGAAGUGGAGAUCCAUAUACGCAUGACUGUGACCUUUCGCCAUAUUUAAUUUUUACCAAAUUUUGUGAAUCGAUGUAAAGAAAAUUAAAAGAAUAAAAAUCAUGUAUCAUGAAUGAUUAAUUAAAACAACUUGGAAAUAGAUAUAAAACUUUUGUUUCAGAAUCAGAAAAUAUUAUGAUAGAAGUAGUUAGGUACAAGUUGCGUAACUUGUAUGCAUCUAACCCCCGCGGAUUUUUCCUCGCUCGCGCGCGAUUUUAUUCUGCGCAUGGAAAGCAAUUUUGCCCAAUCAUAAAUAGGGCUAUUGUGGGGGGAUGGUGUAUGCUGCUGGCGCAUUUCAUACAUCCGAGUGUAAUGGUAACCAGAUAGAGGCGUCGCGCGGGGCUAUCGGCCGAUGGAAUAUGGGAUCUGGAGUUUUCACGCCGCGGGUGAACUUUGGGGUGACCCGCGUCUCACCCGAAGGCAUCCGAUUCUACCAUCAAGUGCAACACAGUUGCUGCCGAGAUCCGCAUUCGCCUUGAGUGACUUCCAUCGAUCAAAUAUGGUGUCAUUACCAUUGACUUCCGUUGGACCGCCAUAUGGACCUAUGGAACUCGUUACAAAACGGAAUAGUGAAUGGGAUAUGAAGAAUGAGGAGAGAGAAAAGGAGAAACAGGAUCACAACGAAGAAAACAUCGAACGAGUCAACGAAAAUGAUAAUCAGAUUUCCGUGCCGAAAGAAAAUAACGACAAUGAAGAUGCUGGAGAGGAAAGCGAUACUGGAAGUACAAAUAGUUCGCACCGUUUAGCUAACAAUAAUUUACCAACAAAACUGCUCGAUCCUAUGGCUUAUCUGACAUUUGACAAGGAUGGAACAGUUACACCAGUUCUGAAUGGCUGGGUUCUUGGCGCUUAUACUGCUAUGCUUGGAAGACUUUCAGCAGCGACAGCGGCUCUCGAAGCAACAGAAAUUCCAAACAUUCCAUCUGACAGCGAUUCUGAGAGCGAGCAUUCGUCUUACACCGAAAAAUCUCGAGGUAGUAGUCCAAAUAUUAGCAAUGCACAUCGUGGUUAUUCCUGCGGUUCUUGUGACAUGGUUGCGCCAACAAGGCCAGCUUUACGAAAACAUAUUGUUAAUUGUCAUCCACCAGUACUUAGCGCAGAAGCUGGAGAAAAGAAAAGUUGUCCGUCCUCGGGCUGUGAUUUUACCACGAAUAGUAGAUGCGAAAUGGAGACUCACGUUGCUUCACACGUAGCACAGGGGAUGACAUCCACUGGAAAGAAACGAACUCUUGCAUUGCAACGCGUCAGGUAUAGGUAUGAAAGAGAAGAAUACAGAUGCUCAUUAUGUUCAUAUGCCUGCACCAUCGAAAAGGCAUUUCAAAGGCAUUUGAGAGCACAUGCAAAUGGUAUAGCACCGGAAACAAGAGUGAGUUGUGCUGUUUGUGGGGCAGACAGAUCAUCAGAAGUCGAUUUAAGCAGACAUAUGAGAAGGCAUCGUGACGACCGAUACUUUUGCUGUGACAUUUGCAUUUUUCGCACAGUACAGUUAAAAAAGCUCAUUCAACAUCGGCGAAUGCAUACAGGCGAGAAACCACAUCUAUGUCCACAUUGUGCAUACAGAAGUGCACGUCGUGAUAAUUUACGUAGCCAUGUAAGACGAGUCCAUAAAAAAGAAAAUUUGUAUUGCGAUACAUUUAGUCCACGUGGCAUGUUGCUAACACCUACGAUCGAAAAAGAUAUAUCUCUGGUGCAGAGCCCGGAAUCUUCGCCUUCAUCUAAUUCGGAAUCGAUGAAUUAAUGAAAAAACAAUACAAGACAUGAAGAUAAUUAAAAUUUCGAAAUUCGAUUGGGGACCGAAAAAUUAAGCGGUUCGUCGUCGCUUUAUAUGUCCUUAACUUUGUCAAUAUAUAAUGACUUAGAAAUAAUGAAAUCGAUUUUACAUUGGCAACGAAAAUCGUGUCGUCACUAUUCGAGCUUUUUUUAGAAUUGUCAAUCGAUUCUUUUAAAAAUUGAUCAAAUGAUUUAAAUUGAUUAAUUAAUCUUAAAAUGAAAAUUUGUAAAAAAAUCAAUAUUGAUUAUUUCUUAUUUGAUUAUUUCAAUCAAAAUAGAAUAAGUAUAUAAUUUUUCAAAAUGAUAGUUUAAUUUAAAAUUGAUUUAGAUUCAAUUUAAAUAAAUAAUUUAAAGAAAAUAAUUAUAUUAUAAAUUGGAUUAUAGAAUGUGUUAGAAAAGAUUAUAAAAUAUAAAAUUUUAGAUUUCGCGCGAGACUAGUGACGAUGAAAAUAGUCAGAAGUUGUAAAUAUAUGGAGUUUAAAAAAUAAUAAUUUUGAAAAAAUUUUUUAAAAAUCAAUCUUAAGAAAAUUCUUAAGAAAACUCUUAAGAAAAUUCUUGAAGAAAAUUAUAACCCAAGUUUUUAGCUUGAUUAUAUAAAAUACAUAUACGAUUUUAAUAAUAGAUUGCAAUAUGAAGUAUACGAAUAUAAAAUAAAGAUUUAAAGCAUAAUAUACAAUUACAUUAAUGCAACUUCUGGCUAAUAUAACUUUGUCUUUAAUAAAUAGAAAUUAUGUAGAGAAUUGCAUGUGUCGAUAAUUCAAUUUAAUCUUGGAAUUCUAACGUGAUUUUAUCAUUAGCCAAUUUAAUUAUUGAAAUCUCUUAGUUGAUCGACGAACAGCGAUCAACUAAAAAUUAAAGCUGCAUAAUGGUGCUAGAAUCGUAGACUGGAUUAUAGAAAAAGACUGAAAAUAAAUAUUUUCACGGUAUGUGAAAUUCGUCCUUUAUCUUCACUUUAAACCGUGAUUCAAAUGUAAAAUUUGCGAUUAUUAAGACUGCUGUCCAAUGGCCAAGAAUUUCUCAUGCUACAAAAUCGAUUAAUCUAUUAUUAUUAUUCUAUAAAAUUAUAAAAAACAUAUACAAUUUUAACAAAAAAAUUUUUACAUAUAAAUUAAUCAAUUUCAUUUUUUACAUUUAAAGAAAUUAAGUGUAUUGAUAAUAUAUAUGUAUACAUAUAAGUCUCAAUUAAAUAAUUAUGUAGCAUGAGAUAUCUGGUCUCUGGAAAAGGUGCUAUUUUGCAAAAAUAAUUUUAUCAUCGCGUUCUUUCAUAUUUAAGCUUCAGCUAUAAUUAUUAUUAUUAUUCAUCCAUAUGGUUAUAUACUAAUGAUACUUAUUAUUGGAUAAUGAUAUACAUUGUUAUUAUUAUUAACGCUAUUAUUAUUAUUUAUAUAGUAUGUAACACGAAUAUGGAUUAAAUUAUAAAAUUUCUUAUGGAGUUAACCAGAAUCAAAACAAUAUGUUGCUAUGAAAUAACAUGUAAUAUGAUAUGUUCGUUAAUUGAGGAAAGAGUAAUCAUGAAAAAUUUUAUCGAAUUUUUAUAGUAAUAACAAAAUAAAUAAUGUGAAAGUGAUUUGUUAUCAGUUAAUGAUAUAAUAGAAUUAUAUGUUGUAGCUUAAUAACAUAAAUAAAACAUAUAAUAAAAAAAAGAUAAAAAAAAUAUCAAUUACAAUUUUUUCUCGCCUGUUAAUAAAAUAGUUAAGAAAUUGUAAAAGUGCGUAUUAAGCAUCAAGUAUAGGAUUUUCCAAUUUUCUUAUGUGUUUCAAAUAUUUUUAAAUUGAUAAAAUGAUUAUAAUAGUUUAAAAUAUGAAUUAUUAAAUGAUUAUUUUUAAUAAGUAAAUUUGUUAAUAUCUUUGAAAACAUUUGAUUUUACUCUGUCCUCACUUGACGUCUAUGGAAAUUAUUAUUAAAAUAUGACAAGUUUUUUCUCUCUUUAGAAUCGAAGACCGUCCCCAAAAAAAAAUGAUUCGAUUGUGAGUUUCAAGCAUUUUUUGCAAGAAAGAUAGAGAGAAAAAAAGAAAUAAAAGGAACGAGAAGGCGAUAAGGCGAAGCCCAAUAUACAUAUAACAUAAAUAUGUGUCAAUUUUUAAUGUAUCAUAAUUACGUUCUAGACGAUAAAAGUUUUAUGGGGAGAAAAUAAUAAAGCACAGAAAGAGUAUCUAUAUAUGCUCUUUGAUAUAACGUUAUGGCUACAAUUAGUCAAUUACGUUUUUUCUCGUCCGAGACGGCUAUAUAUUGUAUUUAACAAAUAAAGAAAUAUGAAAAAAUAUGAAUAAAUAAUUAGGGCGGAGAAAAAUUAAUUAUGAUUAGUCAAACUGAUGAAAGAAAUGAACAUUAAAUAAUUUUUUACAAUUUUAAAUGUUUGAUAAUUUUAAACAAUUAUUAUUUCAAAUGAUUUUUUCAUUUAUUGUUUAUUUUAUUUAUUGUUAGCAAAUUAUAGUAUUUAUUCUGUUAUUAUAUUAAUUAUUUAAAUUUUAGAAAUUUAAUUAAUCUUACUAUUUAAUUA